UCCUUCUCAAGACCCUUUCCAGCUCUAGGCCAUCAUGGUUUCUCCAGGCAACCUCCUGCUCCUGCUUUUGCUCCCAGUGGCCACAGCUCAGAUGGCAGAAGGUUCCUGUUUUGGGUGUGGUUCCCUGCCCCUGUGGCUCCUGAUCUGCCUGGUGGCUGCAGAUGCAGCAGUGUCCCUGCUAAUAGUGGUGGUGGUGUUUGCGGUGUUUUCAUGCUGUCGCCCACGCCAACAGCCUCCCCAAGAUGGCAAAAUCUACAUCAACCUGCCGGGAAGAGGAUGACCACUUUGACUGCAACUUCUGACCUGUGACCUCUCCACCCUGAUUUGAGAAGCAGCACAAGAAAGCCAAUUCCUUUCUAGUCGGA